UGGUUAUUUUCCCUUCCAUGGCAUUUUACAAAGAAGAUAGCCAGGAGGACGCACGAGAGUGCCCAGUGUGCUACGAGUGUCUGUUGGGCACCGAAAGGACUCUGAGCUGCGGACAUGUCUUCUGCCACGACUGCCUGGUCAAAACGCUGGUCAGCAUCAACAGCGAUGGGAACAUCAGAGACACAAUCGUUUGCCCCAUCUGCCGAAAUCUUACAUUCAUCAAGAAACAAAAGGAAGCGCCGGCGUCCCUGGAGGCGGACAAGGAUCCACACGAGGGGCAGACCCUGGAGGUGCCUCUCCCUCGGCCACUGGGACAGCCCCAGAGCGCACAGCGCACCUCCGGGGACACUUUACCGAGGGGAGUUAAUCGGAUCGCCCACUGCUUCAGGGGGAUCUCUGAGCGAGCCCGUCGCCAGAGGUUGAUCAGCCCCAGCCACAAUGCAUCUCAGAUCUUUAUCAUAAGCGCCCAAGGGCGACCCAUGGCAGAGGAAGAUGCGCUCGGCGUUGUGAUGACUGUGGUUCAGCCCCAGCGCAGGCGAAGGCGCAGGAUUUGCACAACUGCACGAUGCCUGCUCUUUUUGCUGUCAGCGUUUACUGUCCUCGCACUGGUGGCUGCAACUUUGCCCUGGAUUUUGUUGGCAUAGCCCAGUGAUACGGAUGCUGGGAUUAUGAAGUGCCAAU